GAUCGAUCCGCCCACCACUAGCGUGGAGCUGAAACCAGAGACUCACAGAGAGGAGGUCGCUGUAGUAGUUGUCCAAAAAAAAAAAAAAAAAAAAGUUACAAAAACUCGCAGGAAAAACGAUUCGUCUCGCGUCGUUUACAUGGUGGACAACUACGGACUCGGGGGUAAUUAUUUGUUGAUAUGAACAAUUCGCUCGGGGUGGGGAAAAACAGCCACAUUUAGCUCGGGCUCGCGGACUCGUGCUAACGGUUAGCUUACGGGGGGAGCUACUGGGCUAGCUGGCUAGCGAGGUCCAGCCCAAAAGUUGUUUACCCAGAGAAGUUGUGGAUGUGGUCACCCCCCGAGAUAUUUUUCCCCCUAAUUUUUCUCUGUGAUAAGAGAGCAAGGACCAAAUAUUCACACUGGAUUUAACACUGCGCGCUGUUAGGAAACUAGCAGAAUGUCCACAGAGGUUGAGAGCAGUCCGGUUGACUCGGGUUUGACAGCGGCCAGUUCCAGCGGAGGAGAGGGCGACAAGAACCAAAACAAGUCCGAGGGCUCCCACCUGCACACGACGGGCUCGGAGAAGCAGCCGGCGGACGGUCCCGGCUCCGGCACCGGCUCCGGUUCGGAGGCGGCCGCCGCCAAGAAAUGCAAAGAAAACGAUAAAGAAAACGACCAAAGCGGCGCCGCUGACUCGGCUGUCGAGGCGGUGAAGAGCAAAGUUGUGGAGGCUCCUCCACCCAAAGUCAACCCGUGGACUAAGAGGACCACGGGCAGGGUGCCGGUCAACAACAUCAGCUCCCCCCCGGAGAAAGAACAACAAAAUGCUCUGAAAGUCGUCCGAGCCAGCAAACCCCGACCGAGAAAAUCAAGCAAGUCCAGUGACUUCAGCGACAUCACAAACUGGCCCACACCUGGAGAGCUGGCCAAAGAGCAGCAACAAAAUGUCCUCAACAACAACGGAAAGAAGCCGCCUCCGUCGCGCCGAGAGAAGGAGAAGAGGAGGGAGCGGCCGGAGAGGAAAUCUGAGAGCAGCCAUGACGGAGGCGAGAGCAAAGAGAACCAGGAGGCUCAGCCCGACCCGCUGGGAGAGCUGCCCAAAGACGGAGAGUCGAAGACGGGACAGGACGCCAAGAACGGCAGCCUGAAGAAGAGAGGAGGUGAGGGUAACAAACGUAAGUGGGUUUCUCUGCCGCUGGAGGACGCGUCCCACGACGACGGCGACAAGACGCCCGGCGGGGGCCUGGACUCAGAGCCCAACGGCGACGCGCCCGACCCCACGUCGCCCAAUCAAACGCUCCAUAAUAACAGGGCUCAUGAUAGCAGCAGGAGUUGGAGACGAGAGCCGCGGGACUAUGGAGACGACAACAGGAGCGACGGUGGCAGCGUUCGUGGAGGAAUACGAGGCCGAGGGAAAGGUCGCGGACGUGGGAGAGGACGCGGGCGAGGUCGGUACGAGUACCCUCUGAGCUUCCGGGACUCUCAGUCGUCCGACGGCUCGGUUCAGGUUCCCUCAGAGUUCGGCACCAACAUGGUUUACUACUACGACGACGGCAGCAAGGUGCAGAUGUACACGGUGGAUGAAAAGCUCCUUAAGGAAUACAUCAAACGCCAGAUCGAGUAUUACUUCAGCCUCCACAACCUGGAGCGAGACUUUUUCCUGAGGAGGAAAAUGGACGCGCAAGGUUUCCUCCCCAUCUCCCUCAUCGCCAGCUUCCACAGAGUCCAGGCUCUCACCACCGACGUCAGCCUCAUCAUGGAGGCUCUGAAGAACAGCACAGAGGUGGAGCUGGUGGACGACCGGGUUCGCUGUAAAAUGGACCCCGAGCGCUGGCCCAUCCCCGCCCCCAACGUCGUCGGAUCCCCUCGCACCGACUUCUCCCAGCUCAUCAACUGCCCCGAGUUUGUCCCUCGACAGACGCUGAGCUCCACAGGUUCCGCUUCAUCGCCGCCCGCGAAGGAGUCGCCUGUCGAGUCUGCGCCGCCUCAGGACUCGGCCGAACCCGCCUCCUCCAGCCCGGAGUCGCUCCCGACCGCGGAGGACUCCAAAGACGCCCCCGCGCCCCAGCCCAAGCCCGACCCGGACGCCUGGAUCCAGGUGGAGAAACGCCACAGACCACCCUCCGGAAAGGCAAAGCAAGCUACUGAUGAUGUGCUUGUUGUCAGCUCCUCUCCCCCCUCAACGCUGCAGCCCGACCUCCUCCCCUCUCCAGGCGACAGCAAGCCGCCGCCUCCUCCCCGCCACCAGGCUCCUCCGCAGUCCGAACCCGACCAGGAGGAGCUGGACUUCAUGUUCGACGAGGAGAUGGAGCAGAUGGCGCCCAGGAAGAACAAGUUCACGGACUGGUCGGACGAGGACGACUCGGACUACGAGCUGGACGACCAGGACGUCAACAAGAUCCUCAUCGUCACCCAGACUCCUCCCUACAUCCGCAAGCACCCCGGCGGCGACCGGACCGGCAACCACGAGUCCCGGGCCAAGAUCACCACCGACCUGGCCAAGGCCAUCAACGACGGGCUGUACUACUACGAGCAGGACCUGUGGAAGGGAGAGGAACAGAUCGAGUGCAGCAAGCAGGAAGUGGAGAACUUCAAGAAGCUGAACGUCAUCAGUAAAGAUGAGUUCGACACACUCACCCCUAAAGUUCCCGUUGAGCCGAACCAGGAACUCCCACCUCCUCCUAUGCCAGUGGACAGCGGGGUAGAACUGGCUCGUUCUUUGCCUACGACGGUGCCGGAGUCGCCCAGCGCUCACCAACCCCGAACCCCUCGAACGCCUCGCACGCCGGGGCGCCAGGACCCCAACAAGACGCCGCGCUUCUACCCGGUCAUGAAGGAGAGCGGCGCCAUCGACGGACAGAUGCCGAGGAAGAAGAAGACCCGCCACAGUUCGAACCCUCCUCAGGAGGCCCACAUCGGCUGGGUGAUGGAUUCCCGUGAACACCGGCCGCGUUCUGCGUCCAUCAGCAGCUCUAAUGCGUCUCCGUCAGAGGGGGCGCCGCUGUCCGGAGGUUAUAGCUGCACCCCCCAGUCUCUGCCCAAGUUCUGGCAUCCAUCCCACGAGCUGCUGAGGGACAACGGCUUCACCCAGCAGGGAUACCACAAGUACCGCCGAAGGUGCCUCAACGAGAGGAAACGGUUGGGGAUCGGCCAGUCUCAGGAGAUGAACACCCUGUUCAGGUUCUGGUCCUUCUUCCUCAGGGACAACUUCAACAGGAAGAUGUACGAGGAGUUCAAACAGUGCGCGGUGGAAGACGCCAAAGACAAUUACAGGUAUGGACUGGAGUGUCUCUUCAGAUACUACAGCUACGGUUUGGAGAAGAGAUUCAGGUUAGAUCUGUUCAAGGACUUUCAGGAAGAGACCCUCCGAGACUUUGAGAAAGGUCAGCUGUACGGACUUGAGAAGUUCUGGGCCUUCUUGAAAUACUCGAAGAUGAAGAACCAGCCCAUCGACCCGAAGCUGCAAGAACACCUCUCCCAGUUCAAGAACCUGGAGGACUUCAGGGUGGUGCCCCCGAUGGGAGAGGAGGGAGGCAGGAGAAGACGUCACUCGUCCUCGGCCGGGGACGAGGGGAGACGUCGGCGACAUCCUUCCAACACUACCUCAAAGCCCACGCAGGCCUCCAAAUCCUCCGCCGCGGCUUCACAAGCGGCCGCCGCCGCCGCCGCCGCCUCGGCCGCCACCACACAGACCACGCCCAAAGAUAACCCCCAGAAAACAGCAACAGCCUCAGCAGCCGCCGCCCCCCAGGGGAAGAAGACCGACGCCAGAGCCGGGAAGAAGGAAAGCGUUUCUACGAAUAAAUGAAGCCCCCUCCUCCUCCUCCUGGUGCGGGUUUGGAUUGAAGAGAAGCAGAGCGAGGCGGCGGCGGCGGCGGCGGCGGCUCCUCCUCCUCCUCCACUCAGCUCAGCGUUCACUCUUUUCAGCUGCAAACUGUUUGAGUUUGAAGAGAGACUGAGCGCGGUUGACUUAAAGUUGAUUGUUUUUAUCAGUGCAUUUCAUUUUUAAAGCAAGCAAGCAAGCGUAGGCAGUGAAUGUGUUCGCUCUGACCGCUCCUAACGUUUACAAAAACAAACAUACAAAAAAAAAAAAAAAAAAAAAUGCAUUCCUUGCAUUUUUUUUUGCCUUUUUAUUCUCACAGAUGCCAAACUCUUCAUCGAGUAUCAAGCUACAAGAUGUAAAAAAAACUGCUCCGGUCUGUGACGAGCUGUUAAACUGUGAUUCUGGUUUUGCCAAGAUACUAAGAGAUACUGCAUUUGGUCUUGCGUGCCUUAAUUUUACUCACCGGGACGUCAGGAGUGCGGUCAGUGACUAAACUAUCCAAAAACUUCUUUUUUCAAAGUCUUCCUCGUUGGUUAUUUGGAGCUUAAACGUGUUUAAAACUGACGCCACGCGCUGGUUCUUUCUUUCAGUUUUCAUCGUGACAAUCAAGUUUGACGGCUGCAUUUAUGAAUUUGACAGGACUGACCCCCCGAAGCUGCUGGUCCAUAACACGUGUUUUUUCAGUCUGACUGACGGGACAGCUCGACUACAGUGUUGGUUUUUAAUUAAAACCUGCAGAAUUAUGACAAAUUUAACUGGGAUGCUUUACUUUUCAGUCCCGUUUUUUUUUUUUUUUUUUUUUUGUACCCCCAGAGGUAGUAUAAUUUAUUGUUUUUAUUUUUCCAUUUACUUGAUUGAUGGAAUAGUCUUAGGUAAUCGUUGCAGUUUUUAAUGGCUUUCGCUCUUGACUAUGAUAUUAAAAAAAAAAAAAAAAAAAAGAUGUUUCUGCUGGAAUUAUGGGUGUGAGCUAGCAUCAUAAAACUACAGUAUAUUUUAGCUUGAAGAUUUCACCACAUUAUGUUUGAGGCUUGGUGCUCUAGAGCACUUGAAUCGUUAACUUUCCUUUUACUUCAUCGAUGGACUUAAAAGAGGAUUUUUAGAGUUGAAUUUAAAAGAAAAAAAAAUGUAAAUACUAUAAAAAAUCAUUUGCUAUUCAAUUAUUCUUUUGAUUUUAAAGAAGUGAUUUGUUUUAUUGGUAGCGUGGUUUUGAGUGUGUUUUAGGAUAAAGCAGUGCAUGUUUAAUGACUUGUAAAAUGCAAAAAAAUAUAAAAUAACAGUUGAUUGUA